UAAAAAUUACGAUCUCGCCAGUGAGUUAACGAGUUAGGGCUUCUACACUCUUCUCUUCCCCCUCUGCAUUUCAUUUUUGAAAAGCUGCGAGGAGCUCGACGGUGAAGGAGGAGAAGACGGUGAGAUCUUGAGGAGAAAGAAAUGGCGUUGGCGUUUGAUGAGUUCGGGAGGCCGUUCAUUAUAAUCAAGGAGCAGGAGCAGAAGACGCGGCUGAGGGGACUCGAAGCGCAGAGGGCCAACAUUUCUGCUGGAAAAGCUGUCGCUCGGAUCCUCCGGACAUCGCUCGGUCCCAAGGGCAUGGACAAGAUGCUCCAGAGCCCUGACGGCGAUGUCACUAUCACAAAUGAUGGUGCAACAAUCUUAGAACAAAUGGAUGUUGACAACCAAAUUGCCAAGCUGAUGGUGGAGCUAUCUAGGAGCCAGGAUUAUGAAAUUGGGGAUGGAACAACUGGUGUUGUUGUCAUGGCUGGUGGACUUCUGGAGCAGGCUGAGCAUUUACUAGAACGAGGAAUUCAUCCCAUAAGAAUUGCAGAAGGAUAUGAAAUGGCUUCUAGAAUAGCUUCUGAUCAUUUGGAGCAUAUAGCUCAGAAGUUUGAUUUUGGAAUGACAAAUAUAGAGCCUUUGGUUCAAACUUGCAUGACUACUCUGUCAUCAAAAAUUGUGAACCGGUGCAAGCGCAGUUUGGCUGAGAUUGCUGUUAAAGCAGUUCUAGCUGUUGCAGAUCUAGAGAGGAAGGAUGUGAAUUUAGAUCUAAUUAAGGUGGAGGGAAAAGUUGGGGGGAAGUUGGAGGAUACUGAACUGAUAUAUGGAAUUACUGUAGACAAAGAUAUGAGCCAUCCACAAAUGCCAAAGCAAAUUGAAGAUGCCAAAAUUGCUAUAUUGACUUGCCCAUUUGAGCCACCAAAACCAAAGACUAAACAUAAGGUUGACAUUGAUACUGUGGAGAAGUUCCAAACUUUGCGUCAGCAAGAGCAGAAAUAUUUUGAUGACAUGGUUCAGAAAUGCAAGGAUGUUGGUGCUACACUGGUAAUCUGUCAGUGGGGUUUUGAUGAUGAGGCAAAUCAUUUGUUAAUGCACAGGAACUUACCUGCUGUCAGAUGGGUUGGUGGUGUGGAGUUGGAGCUCAUAGCAAUAGCAACAGGUGGAAGAAUUGUGCCAAGAUUUCAAGAGUUAACCCCUGAAAAGUUAGGAAGGGCUGGUUUGGUUCGUGAGAAGUCCUUUGGAACAACAAAAGAUAAAAUGCUGUACAUUGAACACUGUGCAAAUUCAAGGGCUGUAACCAUAUUUAUUCGUGGAGGUAACAAGAUGAUGAUAGAGGAGACAAAGCGAAGUAUCCAUGAUGCUUUAUGUGUGGCUAGGAAUCUGAUACGCAAUAAUUCUAUUGUCUACGGUGGCGGGUCAGCUGAGAUUUCUUGUGCAAUUGCUGUAGAGACAGCUGCAGAUAAAUAUCCAGGAGUUGAGCAGUACGCUAUCAGGGCUUUUGCAGAUGCUUUGGAUUCUAUUCCCAUGGCGCUGGCAGAGAAUAGUGGGCUCCAACCUAUUGAGACACUUUCAGUUGUGAAGUCACAGCAAAUUAAGGAGAACAACCCGUAUUGUGGAAUUGAUUGCAAUGAUGUUGGCACAAAUGAUAUGCGUGAACAAAAUGUGUUUGAGACCCUCAUUGGCAAGCAGCAGCAAAUCUUGCUGGCAACACAAGUUGUCAAGAUGAUAUUGAAAAUUGACGAUGUUAUCUCCCCAUCAGAAUACUGAUACAGUGGGCCUGUUUUUCAUGUGACUCCUUAAAUCAAGGAAUGAGAGUGACGUGUUGAUUUAUAUGGCAUCUCAGUAAUUUUCGGACCAUUAAUUCCCCCUUUUUUUGGCCGAAACCAUAUAUUCCCUUGAUUGAAGCAUCUUUGGUUAUUUUUUUGAAUUGUCAUUUAUUGGCCUUGUAGAACUAUUACC